CACCAAUCCAGACCAGAGCAACCGACAAAUGAACAAGUCACAACAGAAACAGACAAGAACAUACGCAGAGGUCGCACUUGUCUCAGGCAAGAGGCAAGCAUCAGAGGAGACGACAAACGCGAGCGCAGAGCAAGUGAGCGCAGUUAAAUCAUAGGGAUGGAGGAUACGCAGUACGAUUACCAUUUGGAAUGGAGAAACCACUCCGAACAAAUUUCUCACUUUUUGGCUGACAUUGGACACACCAAAGAAUUUGCUGAUGUCACCCUGAGCUGCCAGGGCAAAAGUUUGGUCGCUCACAAGAUCAUUCUCUCGGCAUUCAGCCCAUACUUGAGAGAAAUUUUCAAGGGCAUCACUGCUACCAAAAAUCAAGUUGUCGUUCUACCAGAAUUGGACUAUGAUGACCUCAAGGCCAUCAUCUCCUGUAUCUACUCUGGUGAGACGACUCUACCAAAAGGCAGACUGAUGUCCUUCCUCAACACUGCUAAGCUUUUGGAUAUCAAAGGGCUUGCUUCUGGAUCCUUCUUGUGUGAAAAUGAUUCCAUUGAUCCCUCCGAUCUAAUUUUCAAUUCCAAUCUUGAGCCAGAGACUGAGAGGCCCGAGGAGAGCCCUCCUGAUGCACACCCUCGAAGUCCUCGAAGAUCAAAGAGAUUAGAAAUGCAAUCCAGCAGUGAAGUCCCAACAGAAAAGUCUAAGAAGCCUAGAAGUGAGGAAAAUUUCAUCAAAAAGCAAUACGAAAAAUUUGACAGAAGCAAAUGCACAUUUGCUGAAUAUCUUCGGAGGCGUGCAGAAAACAGUAGCAUUAUUCAUCAUGAAGAUAUACCAAAGAGUGAAUAAUCCAAUCAAGAUUAUGGGGAGAAAUGUAUGAUUCUCUCAGGCCUCUCAAGUAUAGAAUAACGCCUUCAGUUCUCCCAUUUUUCUUUAAAAAGUGCUCCUCUAACAAUAAGAGAGCCCACACUGUUCAUUAUGAUUUUGGAUUUUUUGUUUCUUGCAUUAGUACUUAAUUGUUAAUUAGAAUGACGAGUGGAUAGAGUGAGGCUACUAUGGACCGAUUACAUAAUUAAAGUGAAAACAGCUCAUUUUUUAAUCAAAGCAGAGAUAUCUGCUUCUUGAAUGUACUAGCGUUUAUUUAGUUUCAUUCAUUGCAGCAUAAAUUUCGUAAUGGUUUUGGCAAACUUAAUCUUAUUCCAAUUGACGAACAUUGAAAAAUUAGCUUUUUAAAUGUAUGACCUUCAUCAUUCUAAAUUGUUUUAUUGCUUGAACCAAAUAAGAACCUUUUAAAAAUUUUUAGAAUGCAUUAAGAUUUGUAAACCCUGGACUUUUUUAAUAAAUGAAUAUCGUAUUUUG